AUGUUUCCCAUACGGCAUUCUUUCAGGAUCAACUUGCCAGGUUUCGAAUUUGGAGCCCAAACCGAUGGCUCCUACCUGUCCACCACCAAUCCGGCCAUGCCACCCCCGGAGAGUCAAAUCGAUCAUUUCGUCGCCCAGGGGGUCAAUCUCUUCCGAGUAUCCGUCGCCUGGCCGUACCUGCAACCCGAAAUGAACGGCAAGUUGAAUGAAGCCAACCUGAAGAUGUACCAAUCAUUCAUCGAAAAGAUCACAGUCCACCAGGCGUAUGUCAUCAUCGACCUCCAUUCCUUUGCACGCUACAAAGGCCAGAUUGUUGGCGAGUCUUCAUCUACUCCGGCCGAAGCUCUAGUCAGCGUUUGGACUCUGCUGGGUGAAAUUUUCAAGGACAACCCAUUUGUCAUAUUCGGCAUUGCCAACGAACCUCAUGACCUUGACAUCACGAAAUGGGCUACCACCGUCCAGGCGGUUGUGACCGCAUUAAGGGGAAAAAAUAUUCAAAAUUUUAUCCUUAUCCCCGGUACGGAUUAUACCGCCAUGAAGUCCUUCCCGGAGUGGUACAAAGCCAUGAAGGUUGUCAAAAACCCAGACGGAUCCUUCGAUGGACUUGUUUUCGAAGUGCACCGAUACCUCGACUCUGACAACUCCGGCAAGAGUACAAUCUGUGUCGCAAGCCAUGCAGACGAAGUAACGACCGCUGUGAACCUUCUCAAGGCUGAUAACAGACAAGUGAUUAUGGGAGAGACCGGUGGCGGCAGCACUGACAGCUGCAAGAAGUUCCUUCCAGAACUUGCCAAGGCGGUCGUUGAUGCUUACCCUACCUUUUUGGGCUUUGCCAUGUGGGCCGCUGGCUCCUUUGACGCCAAUUACGAGUUAGUCACCACUGUUAAAGACGAAUCAUCGCCUACCAAAUGGAAAGAUAUGGGCAAUUGGCUCUCGAUCAAAGAGUUCAUUCCUCCCAAGGGUUCUACCAAUGAUGGCAAGUCGUCCAGUCAAGAAAAGAAGAAAAGUAGUCAGUAA